AUGGCCGCAAUUGUGGCUGGAACCGGUGUGGGGUUUCGCCUAGGAGAGCAGUCCACCAGGUCCGUAGGGGACGGCUGGCCAGCGGAAAAGGGCCAAACAGAGGCCGGCGAUGGUGAUGGUGAUGGUGGUGGUGGUGGUGGUGGUGGUGGUGGUUCAGGCCUCCGGACUGAGUCCAAAGACCAAAGUCCAAAGAGUCGCGACGAGCCCAGAGUCCAGAGUCCAGAGCUCAGACACGCUGCAGGCCGGUGGAUUUCCCUGGCGGCGGCACUGCAGCCCAGAUGCCGCGCAGGCGAUACUGUCCAGGUGUGGAGCGGCCCAGAAGUAGCAUGCCCAACUCUCGACAUUCGUCAAUUGCGAUGUCGUUACGUCGCACAUGGGCGAACGCCUCACAGACUGGCGACAGGGAGAGAGGAUGCGCGGACUCCUGAGAACUCUCCCUCUCCUCCCUCGCCUCCAACCCCUCCAACGUCCGCUCUCCACAUCAUCCUGGCGGGCACGAAUGUCGUCGAGCCUAUCGAGGACCAAGCGGACGAGGAUCUUCGAUCUUGGCGCGGGCCUGAAGGGCUCUUCGGAGGGUUCCUGUUCGCGAUAAUAACAAUAAUCAUCCCCGUCGCCAUCACUAGGCUGGUGGCGAGUCCCGAUCGGGACCAUCGAGAAUUCAUUCAUACCACCUCGCUGGAGAGGGCAAAUCUUUAA